GAGAAAAACAAGGACAGAUAUUAUAGGGGGUGAGAAAGGCAACGAUGCAACCCCUGUUUUUCAAUCGUUGCCGCUCGAUUCUGCGCCUUAGUUUGGUGUACGGGGCGGCUCCUAUAUUCCUAUUCACCUUUAGCGUUACCCCAGGAGUGCAUGAAUGGUGAUUUAACGCGUACCGAGAAAAAGAACCUUCGUGUCCAGCAGGUGCUGGACAAGUGAAAGAAUCAUAGUGCCUAGAGUCUCUUAUAAAGCACAAUGGUUACAGAUAGUACCAGUCAGGCUGACGAUACGACAGCAUUUCUUCGUGCUGCGCGGUCUGGGAACCUUGAAAAAGUGAUUGAAUUUCUCGAUACCGAUUUAGAUAUUAAUACAGCUAAUUCGAAUGGUUUAAAUGCUUUACACUUAGCAUCGAAAGAUGGUCAUGUUGAAAUAGUAACAGAAUUAUUAAAAAGAGGUGCUACAGUGGACGCAGCUACAAAGAAAGGAAAUACUGCGCUGCACAUAGCUUCGUUGGCUGGCCAAGCGGAAAUAGUAAAUAUUCUUAUUCAGUAUGGUGCUGCAGUUAAUAUUCAAUCUCAAAAUGGUUUUACACCUUUAUAUAUGGCCGCGCAAGAAAAUCAUGAUCAAGUUGUUAAAUUGUUGCUCAGUAAUGGCGCCAAUCAAAGUCUCGCUACAGAGGACGGAUUUACACCUCUUGCUGUUGCAAUGCAACAAGGACACGAUAAAGUUGUCAGCGUUCUUUUAGAAAAUGAUUCUAAAGGAAAAGUUAGAUUACCAGCACUUCAUAUUGCAGCUAAAAAAGAUGACUGUAAAGCUGCUGAUCUAUUAUUGCAGAAUGAUCAUAAACCUGAUGUUACAUCGAAAAGUGGUUUUACACCUCUACAUAUCGCUGCCCAUUAUGGAAACGAAGAAAUAGCACGUUUAUUAAUAAAACGUGGAGCUGAUGUGAAUUAUUUAGCAAAGCAUAAUAUAAGCCCUUUACAUGUAGCAGCGAAAUGGGGUAAAAACAAUAUGGUUAAAGUAUUAUUAGAAAAUUCUGCGCAAAUCGAUGCUAAAACCAGGGAUGGUUUAACACCGCUUCAUUGUGCAGCAAGAUCUGGUCAUGAACAAGUUAUUACCACGCUUCUUGAACACUCUGCACCUAUUAGUGCACGAACAAAAAAUGGACUUGCACCAUUGCACAUGGCAUCACAAGGAGAUCAUGUGGAUGCAGCAAGAGUAUUAUUAUAUCAUCGAGCGCCAGUAGAUGAAGUUACGAUCGAUUAUUUAACGUCUCUUCAUGUUGCCGCACAUUGUGGACAUGUUAGAGUUGCGAAAUUACUUCUGGACCGGAAAGCUGAUCCGAAUGCACGAGCUUUAAAUGGCUUCACACCACUGCAUAUUGCUUGUAAAAAGAAUCGAAUAAAAGUUGUUGAACUCUUAGUAAAACAUGGAGCAUCGAUCGAGUCUACUACCGAGUCUGGACUGACUCCAUUACAUGUGGCCAGUUUUAUGGGAUGUAUGAAUAUCGUGAUAUUUCUACUGCAACACGAAGCCAAUCCUGACGUGCCAACUGUUAGGGGUGAAACACCUCUACAUCUGGCAGCUAGAGCUAAUCAAACAGACAUUAUUCGAAUUUUAUUACGAAACGGAGCCAAAGUUGAUGCUCGCGCAAGGGAACAACAAACACCCCUUCAUAUUGCAUCACGAUUAGGAAAUAUUGAUAUUGUUAUGUUACUUCUGCAACAUGGUGCAGCAGUUGAUACUACUACAAAAGAUAUGUAUACAGCAUUGCAUAUUGCAGCAAAAGAAGGGCAGGAGGAGGUGGCAACUAUUCUUGUGGAAAACAAUGCUUCUCUUAAGGCUACAACUAAAAAUGGUUUUACUCCUUUACAUAUCGCAGCUAAGUAUGGCAAUAUGAGCGUCGCAAAUAUACUUUUGCAAAGAGAUAGUAAACUUGAUGCACAAGGAAAGAAUGACAUUUCUCCUUUACAUUUGGCUUGCCAUUAUGACCAUCCAAAUGUUGCAAAUCUUUUGUUAGAAAAAGGAGCAUCCCCUCAUUUAGCUUCUCAAAAUGGACAUACUCCUCUACAUAUUGCUGCACGUAAAAAUCAGAUGGAUAUUGCUUCUACUCUCUUAGAGAACGGAGCAAACGCGAAUGCUGAAUCUAAAGCAGGAUUUACACCAUUGCAUUUAAGCGCACAAAAAGGACAUUAUGAUAUGACGAAUCUGUUAAUCGAGCAUGGAGCUGAUCCAAAUCAUAAAUCAAAGAAUGGUCUCACCGCACUGCACUUGUGUGCUCAAGAAGAUUUUAUCAAAGUGGCUUCUAUACUUGUGAAAAAUGGUGCAAACGUUGAAAAUGAAACCGAAACUGGUUAUCGACCAAUACAUGUCGCGGCACAUUUCGGGAAUCUUUCCAUGAUUCGAUUUCUUUUAAAACAUAAUGCAACUAUCGACGUAAAAACUAAUCAAAAUUACACUCCUCUGCAUCAAGCUGCUCAACAAGGCCAUGCACAUAUUGUUAGUGCAUUAUUAGAAGGAAAUGCUUCGCAUAAAGCGCGAACGAAUGAUGGACUGACUGCAUUAAAUAUAGCUCAAAAAUUAGGAUAUAUAUCUGUAAUGGAGGUAUUGAAGGGAUUGUCUUAUGAUACCUUGGCGCCUGAUAAUAAAAAUUGGGACGAGAAGUAUAAAGUUAUCGCACCUGAAAGUUUGCAAGAAACUAGUUUUAUGUCUGACUCUGACGAUGAAGGAGGUUCAGAUGCAUUGAUCAGCGAGCAGCCGUAUCGAUACCUUACAGCAGAUUUGAUGAAAAGUUUAAGAGAUGAUUCAUUGCCUAUUGAUGUUACACGGGAUGAUCCAAUACAUAGACAAGUUACAAAAGAAGAAAAACAGGAUUUCACUCAAAGCAAUAAUUAUUGUCUAGCAGAAAACUUUGAUACUGAUGGAUUUAAUUUGGGCCGACUUCAUUUCAGAUCAUUUUUAGUAAGUUUCUUGGUGGACGCACGUGGAGGUGCUAUGAAAGGAUGCAGACACAGCGGUGUACGUAUCAUCGUGCCACCACGUAGAGCAACAAUGCCGAUUCGUGUUACGUGUAGAUUGAUAAAACCUAAUAAAGUUGCAAAUCCUCCUCCUUUAAUGGAGGGAGAGGCUUUAGCAACUCGUAUCAUAGAAAUGGGACCAAUUGGUGCUACGUUUCUAGGCCCAGUUUUAAUCGAUAUACCACAUUUCGCGUCUAUUCGAGGCAAGGAGAGAGAAAUCAUUAUUCUUAGAAGUGAUAACGGUGAAACGUGGAAAGAGCACGAUAAUUCUGCUGAUAAUGACACCACUUUAUUAAAUACUCCAUACGAUCCUCAAAUGAGCGCUACUCAUUCUGGCAGAAUUACCCGUAUAAUAACAACCGAUUUUCCCCAAUACUUUGCUAUUAUCACGAGAAUCAAACAGGAGGUUCACGUAAUUGGUGCCGAAGGUGGAAUUUUAACAUCAAGUGUGGCUAACGACGUCCAAGCAGUCUUUCCACCAGGAGCAUUAACAAAGAAGAUUAAAGUUGGAUUACAAGCUCACGUCAUUCCGGCAGAGCUUACAGCAAAAUUAUUAGGAAAUUGCGUAGCUGUUUCGCCUGUAAUAACGAUCGAGCCAAGAAGACGAAAGUUUCAUAAACCAAUCACUCUUACGAUACCUGUACCACAAGCAGCGAAUAAAGGGAUGAUUAAUCAAUAUGGUGGUGAAACACCAACAUUACGACUUUUAUGUAGUAUUGCAGGUGGAACCAGUGAGUCACAAUGGGAAGAUGUUACUGGGUCGACGCCAUUAACUUUUAUGAACGAUACAGUGUCCUUUACCACAACUGUAUCCGCUCGAUUCUGGUUAAUGGAUUGUAGAAAUAUAGGCGCAGUUCCAAAAAUGGCAACCGAAUUAUAUGAAGAAUCGUUAUUUGUGCCAUAUAUUACAAAUUUUAUAAUAUAUUCCAAACGAAUGGAUAUGCUCGAAGCAACAUUAAGAGUUUUAUGCAUGACCGAUGGAAAAGAAGGGAUGCACACUUUGGAAAGGCAAGAGGAAUUUGUCGAAAUUGUAAAAAGCCGCGAUGUUGAAGCACUCGAUGGGAAAGAUCUUUAUAUUGAAUUCAGUGGAAAUUUAGUACCUGUGACGAAAUCGGGAGUACAAUUGAAAUUUACUUUUAAAGCUUUUCGUCAAAAUCGUUUAUCUUUUCACGUAAAAGUGAAAGAUCCGUUGUUGGAUCCGGUUGCUAGGAUGUUGUUUAUGCGAGAACCGAAAGUAGCGAAAGGAGAACCGCCUCAACAACCAAUUUGCGUGUUGAAUAUUGUUCUUCCAGAAAUUAUAACUAAAGUUGAAGUACAAAAGAAAUUGAAAGAUUAUGAAGAUUCGAAUAUUAUUAGUCAAAAAUUGGAUUCUUAUGAAUCGAAAUACAAGAUGGAACAAAAAGAGAAAGGCGACGAACCUAAGGAUAUUUCGCCUUCCGAAAAGAAAUUUAUUACCGACACCUUGCAAAAGGAACGAACAGAUGCUGUUACUAUCCACGAAAUCCUUGCGCAAAAAGCGGCUUCUCCCCUAGAAUCUGUAGAUGCUAGUUAUCCCAGUAAAGUAGUCGGGCAAGAGCAAGAUUUGUCGCCAAGUGUCGAGAGACAAACUUAUUCAGAGAAGAGGAAAUUCUGGGAGGAUAUAUCAAGGAAACGGGAAAGUUAUCAACGAUCGGAAUCGGAGGUGUCGAGAACCUCGCAGUUGACGAUAAACGAGAGCGACAGCGAGUACAUACAGAAUGUAAUCACCGAGGACACGGCAGACAUUGGUCAGCAGCAGAUCGACAAGUCUGAAACGUUAGAAGAUUUGAACGUGCCCGAUAUAUCCGAGUGUUCUGUGGCGGAGAAAGCGCAAUAUUUCGAGGAGCAAAUACAAAAAGAGACGACGAAACUUCCGCCCAAGUUGCAUCAGCAGGACUCGUUGAAAUCCGAGAAAGAGAAGGUAACGAAGAUUAAGAUAAGCGAGAAGGAGAAAGUGGAUAAGGAUGAGAAGUAUGUGACUGAAUUGAAACAGAAAAAGGUGGAGGAGAUUGUUACGUUGCAAAAGGAAGAGCAGAAAGAAGGGGAGAAAAAGGAGAGAAGAUUGUCCGAAGAGGAUGAAAAGGAAAAAGAUGAAAGUAAAUACGUGGAAGUAAGCGAGGUGUCUGUGUCUGAAAAGGAAUUGGGAAAAGAAAAGGAAGAUGUGAAACUCGAUGAGAUCGUAACCGAAGUAUCUGUAAAACCUGAAAAAUUAGAGGAAGAUAUUGAAAGGUUAGAAUCUACGCCUGUUGUAACAUCUGUAGAGAAAAUUACGAUAGAGGUGGAAGAAAAAAUGGUGGAACCGAUAAUUACCGAAGAAAAAUCGGUUGAUGAGAUUAAACGAGUGGAUGAAGUAGAGAAAAUGAAAAUUGUGGAGGAAACUCCCGUAAUAAAAGAUCAAUUAGCCGAAUUAAAAGUUAAAGAUGUUGUGGAGGAAGAACGUAAAACAGUUGUUAUCACUGAAGUACCUGCUCAAGAUAUUGUAGAAGAUGUAAAAGUAAGAAGAGAAGAAGUACAAGAGUCAAUUACACAAAUAAAAGAGAUGGAAGAAGAGAAAUUAAAGGAUGUUCUAAAAUCUGUAGAAAUAAGCGAGCAAAAAGAAAAAUUAAAAAAAGAAAUAGAAGAAAAAGUAGAACUAAUAUCGGAAGUAAAAAGGAAAGAAAAAAUUAUAGAAGAGAGUGCAGAAGACAAGAAAGUCUUAAAAGUGGAAAAAUCUAUUCCUGAAGUGAGCGUAGAACGAGAAACGAUAGAAGAAAGUAUAAAAGAAAAAGAAAAAGACGUCGAAGUUACGAAAAUAAUUAUUCAUGAAGAAAUUAUAAAGAAACACGUAGAACCGGAAGUGCAAGAAUUUAUUCCAGAAAUUGGUCCAGAAGAAAAAAUCGUAAGCGAAAAGGAAAGCACAGAGCAAAAAGAAGAAGCAGAAAAGAUUGUUACAGAGAUUGUAACUACGCAACAAGAAACAGUGGAAGAAAGAAUUGAAGAAAAAGAGAAAGAACCAAAAGAAAUAGAUACGGAAAUAUUAUUACGAGAAAGUAUUAAAGAAGGUCUAGAGCAGAAAGAAAAAGAAGAAAAAGAAAUUGUAAAGCGAAAAGAGGAAAAGAAAGAGGAAUACAUAGAAGAAGUUUCUGCAGAUAUAAGUGAUGAACUAAAAGAAAUAGAUACCGAGAAAAAACAGGAAGAGAUACUAGAAUCCAUUAAAGAAAAAAAAAUGGAAGAUGUGAAAGAUGAACGCGAAGAAUUAAAAAUGGAACCUGCGAAGAAAAUAGAAAAGGAAGUGGAAGAAAUUAUUACAGAAAGGAAAUUACAACGAGAGAUAAUCACAGAAGCAGAAGCGAAACGAGAGAAAGCACAAGAUGAAGUUGCUAAAAUUGUAGAAAAAGAAGAAAAGGAAGAAAAGGAAGAACAAGAAGUUGUUACAGAUUUAACCGUCCGGGAAAGAACUUUAACGCCAGAAACAAAAAGAGAGGAGAUCAUUAGAGAAAAAAUGGGUGGAAGACGUAUUAUAACGGAAGAAACUACUAUUAUCUACAAGGUACAGAAAGAUGGUACUCUGGUACAAGAACAAGUAUUGAAAUCUGUUCAAGUGGAAGGGGGAAGCGAUGCUUUAGGCGCAUUAACCCAAAUGCCUGAAAGUAAAAUCGAAACUAAGGUAAUUCGUGAGAUAGAAUCGAUUGGCGAUAUUAAACCUGAAGUUACUUUCUCAACGGAUAUUAAACAGGAGAUGCAAAAGUUUAUGGAAGAAGAAAGAAAACCAGAAAUUGAAGUUAAAGAAGAAAUAAGAUUGGUUGAGAAAGAAAAGUUGGAGAAAGUAUUUCCUGAAUCGAUCAUAAAAGAAGAUAAAGAAGUUAAGGGGAAAAAAGAAGAAGAAGAAGGAGAAUUAAAGAAAGGAGAGAAAGAAAAAAUUUCACUGCACAAAGAAAUAGUAACCGAAGUUGAAACGAAACAAGUUAAGAAAGAAUUCGAGUCACGUAUCCCUAUUUCAACGGCAAAGAUGGACAAAGAUAAAAUUCAAAAAGAAACGAAGUUUAAAACUACGAUAGAAGAGAAACGUGUUCCAGGUAAACUCGAAGUCGAUAAAGAAUUAAUCACGGAAAAGGAGGAUAUUUCGCCAACAACUAGAAAGAAAGAAUUCGAAUCUCGAAUACCGAAGCGGGUAGUAGAUGUUAAAUCAACGUCCGAUAAAGCUGGAAAGAAGGAUACGCACGUAAGAAAAGAAAGCGAAUCGUACACGAUAACGGAGAAGAAAUCGAGCGAAGAAAUAACUUCAAAAUUGGAGGAACAUUUAACGACGAAAAGUGAAACUCAAACAUUUUCGAAAACUUUCACCGAUCCUCGGGAAGCUUUUAAAAUGUUCGAGGAUAUGGACAGUUUGGGAAAAACUGCUGAAUUCGCAACGGUGACGUCUAAGAUCGAUCAUAAAACGUCGAGCAUGUUGGAGAAGAAAGAAGUUGUAUCCUCGGAGAUUUCCACCGGGAAGGACAAGGUUAUCACGCACGAGGAAAAGGAACGGGUGGAAAAGAAGAAAUCGUUGGAAUCGCAAUUGAAGAAGGAGUCGCCGACCGAAACGUUGGAAGAGAAAAGCACUAAGCGCGAGGAAUUGGACAAAACAGCGAUUCAAAAAUUGUCAAUGAACUUGACGGAUACUCAAAACAUAAUAGACGCAGCUGCGUCCGAAUCGAGAGCUGAAACGAAAAAAGAAGAGAUAUUUAAAAAGUUAUCGGACGAAGAGGGAGUUACGACCCAAGAGGCGGGUAGCAGUAUAUCGAGGGAGAGCGACGCCGACGUAGCUAUUCGAAUAAAGAAAGAGAUAGCUAGGAAAACUGGGUACGAAGAGGAGGAUGUAAAAGUGGUGGAAGGGAAAGCAACGGAAAGGAUAUCGAGGCCAGUUGCGGAUACGGAUCAAAUCGAGACGCUUGCUCAAGGGGAGUCGCACAAAGAGACGAAAGAAAGUUUCAACGUUGUUCAAUUCGUGCCAAGUGAGAAGAGGGCGAAAGAGAAGGAGGAGGAAGGGGAAUUGUCGAAAGAAGAGAAGGAGGAAGCAGCGCGACCGAGUGUAAGUUUGGAGGAGCAACAACGGCAAAAGUUCAAAGAGAUCGAGGCGCGUACCAUAGCGGAAACUCUGAUUCAAUCGAUCGAGAGCGAGAUCGAAGCGAAAUCGGCGGCUGAUUUGAAAGCGGAGUUGCUCAGCAAAGGAUAUUUGGAACAGAUAAUAAGCGAAAGCGUGGAAACGGAUCACGAGAAAUUGGCGGACGAUUUGACGCGCAAAUUCGAAAGUAUCAUGAAGAAAACGGCGCAAGAGAGGGCGGGGCGCGUGGAAUCGCCACCGAGGUUUAGAUCAUCGAUACAGGAGGAAUCGUUGGAGAAAAGUUCGACCAGGGACAGUAUAAGCGUUAGCGAAGAUAUAACCAGGGACGAGGAAUCGUCGCCCCACGAGAAAGAAGAAAGUUUCCCCCUUUCGUCGUCGCAGGCUAAACUCCAAGACAGAGAUAUUACCAUGAGCCCCAGUAGCAUAUCCGAGCAGAUAGAUUUCGAAGAAACGAUCGACGUAGAUACGAACGAGUUGGAGAGCGUGUCGAAACCAACCGCAAGCCCGCAAUAUGAGAAACAACGAUCGAGCAGCCAAGUGAGUUUUUUCCCUCCUGACAAGAUGGUGUCCGAGAUUUCAGGCGCCAGAGUUUUGGAAAUACUGGAACCCGGUAUGGACAGUCAAUCGAGAGAAGAUUCGGUGGACGUACCCUCGUUAGAGAUGGACGAGCACAAAAUAUCGGAGCAGACUAGUAGAGGAAUACCAUCGUUGCGCGAGAGCGCGGAAAUGGAUUCGUUCGAAAGGCUGGCUCAAGAACGAGAUAUCACGAUCAGCCCUAGCACCGUAUCCGAGGAUACGAAUAUAGAUUAUUCUUUGGUGCAAGAGUCGUCUCAUCCUAUUGGAGGGUCCCAAAGGGAAUUGCCUAUGAUAAGCGCGAGAAGAGCGGACAGUUUCGAAAUCGAAAGUCCUCCACUCGUCUCGCCAAAACCGAAGGUUCGCGGCCUCGAGAUUAUUAAACCUGUCGAUUGGAUGAUCGGUGACGAGAAGAUCGAAAUAUCGGAGACGUUGCAACCGUCACAGAUCUUUAAUCAAGAAUUGGAGGCGUACGAAACGAUGAUCAAGAAGAAGGAACGGUUGUCCUCGUUGGAUGGAUCGACGGAUCACGAGCAGGAAUCCGGCACUAAAUCGUCGGAGGACAUCAGUGUGAUAGAAUCGACGAAGGAGGCAGCGGUUGCGGAUGACGAUCGUAAACUUACGAAAUUCACCGUGAUUCCCGUUAGCGAGCAAGAUUUUGAAAACGAAUUGGUGGAGAAUAAAUUGGACGUUAGUUGUCAGGAAUUGGUCGAUACGUUGCAGCGCGAAUACGACGCAAAAACGCCUAUUGAGGAAGACGUGGAAAGUGCUCAACAACGACAACAAACUGUCUCGUCCACCGAUGAACGGUUAUUGAAAUUGGAAAAAGGCGAAGAAGAAGUUUUGCAAGUGGAAAAAUCCGUGAUGGAAGAACCCAGCGAUUCAACUCGAACGAUCGAAGAGCAAAGAGUGGAAAAAGAAGAGGUGAGAGAAGAGGUGAAAGAAGAGGGGACGAAGAAGAAGGAAAGCGAAAAGAUAAAGGAGGAGGAGAAGGAAAAGGAGGAGAAGGAGGAAGAGGAGGAGGAAAAGGCGAAAGAAAAAGAAGAGGCGAAAAAAGAGGAGAAAGCGAAGGAUGAUGCGUUGGCUAAACCUUUGAAAAGCGAGGAAGGUAAACAGGAGAGAGUGGUGGCAAAGCCGGAAAUCGAACUGAAAUUAGAGAGAACAACUGACGAGUUGAAGGAAUGGACGGAAGCUUAUUUGUCGAAGAUGAAACCGUUGAGCGAAGAUUACAAAAGGCAUAUGGAGAAGGCUACGGAGAAGCACGACAAGCCUGGAAGAUCGACGACAGUUCCUUCCGACACUUGUGCCUUGAAAAUAAAAAAGAUGAUCUCUCUAGUGUUGAUUUAAGUGCACGAUACGCUAUAACCGUUCUAGAUCAGGUAGUUAAAAAAGAGAUAGCCGAGGUGAAGGAGUCUUUAGAGGCGGCUAAGCAAGACCUGAUAGAGGAAUUAAGCGAAAAUAGUGAAACUGUGAUCCAAAUAAAAGAUUCCCCCUCAGAGUUCCGGUUUAAAUUACAACCCGAAUCCAUUCCGAACGAUUUACCAUUUUUAUACACACCGGCGUAUCCUGCUGCCGAGCAAAGUAUCCACGAGUCGGAUACCGAAGCGACAAAGGGCGAAUCCCCGGCUGAUAAAUCGCAAUCGCGACGCGAGACGAAAGAUAUCGAUCGAGGUGAAACGGAGACGGGAGAUGGGUCCGGUGGUGUCGAGGGGCCGAUAC